AGAAAGACACAAUUGUAAUAACAAUUUAACACUGCUCAUAUUAUGUUAAAAAGAUGUAGGUAAUAUUUAUAUUUAUCAUAAGGCCAUUUUCACUCGAAUGAGAAACACUGUUAUAAUUCCCUAAGUAGAUACAACAAGUCCAUUACAUCAUAUGAAACAAGUGGGUGUGAACAGAUUCUGAACAAUAUAAAUACAAGAGCUUUAGUCUGUUCAGUCUGCAGUUUUUUUUGUCAUAAUCUGGACUGACACUAGUGACAGAGACUAGGAUCUGAAGUGUUUCUUUGUGCACAGUUUAAAUGCUGGAUCAAUGAAUCUUACAGAGGUUAAUCACACUGAUCUCUGCUCACAGUUUUCCUGUCCAGAGAGAUCUGUAUCUGCUUUAUAUGUGUUUCUUUAUGUGUGCGGAGCUGCUGUCGUUCUGUUAACAGUGUUUGGAAAUCUGCUUGUCAUUAUCUCUGUUUGUCACUUUAAGCAGCUCCACACUCCAACUAACAUGCUCAUCCUCUCUCUGGCUGUAUCAGACAUUCUGGUUGGAGUAUUCGUGCUCCCGUUUCAGUUAAGUCGGCUGACUGAAUCCUGUUGGAUUUUUGGAUCAGUCCUGUGUACAUGUUAUAUGUUGAUCUCCUUUUUCAGCACCAGCUCAUCAAUAUAUAAUGUUGCUAUUAUUGCUGUUGAUCGUUAUUUUGCCAUUUCACACCCAUUUGUGUACACAGAAAAGGUGUCUGUAAACACAGCUUGUAUUGUGGCUUUGAGUAACUGGUUUUUAUUAAUAUGUUACAACUCUUCACUUCUUUAUUUUAAUGGAUCCUCUACAGGUCUGAUAAUGUGUCCUGAACAGUGUCUUUUUGUGAUAAAUGAGGUCUGGUCUCUGGUUGACCUUCUAUUUGUUUUUGUUAUUCCGUGUUCUCUAAUAAUCCUGUUUUAUGCUUUAGUUUUUUGUAUUGCUAAGAAACAUGCAACUGCUAUCAGAGACCUUAAUACUCAAACUAAACAUCAAGCCUCAAACAGCGCUGUAGAUUCAAUGAAAUCAGAGAGAAAAGCAGCAAAAGUGCUCAGCAUUUUAGUGGUUGUGUUUCUGGCAUGUUUAUUUCCGUACUUUGUUUAUGUUUUAGUAGGUACUGGCACAAUAUUAGCAGAGUAUUUAAUGCUUCUUCUAUAUCUAAAUUCUUCAAUCAACCCAGUCAUUUACGCUUUAUUUUACCCAUGGUUUAGAAAGUGUACUAAAGUCAUUUUAACCCUUCAAAUACUCAGUAAUGAUUCUGUAUUCAUAAAUGUCCGCUGAUUUAAACAAUUAAAUGCUGGUUUAACAUUGCUAAAAGCUAGGCUUGAGCUAAACUGCAAUGUUUAGUUAUUUCAUCAAUAAAAAUGUCAUUGUGAUCCAGAUAACACUAAUUUGGUUUUGUUCUUAAAUAAUAAGAUACAUCUGUUUGUGCAGAAAUCACACACAUGAAAUAUGUUUUAGUGGCUGAAAUAUUUUACACCUCGAUAAACCUAUAAACGUAAAAAAAAAAUGUAUUUCAUCUUCAU